AUGGCGCCUUACACCCCCAUUGAGCCUUUCGAGGUCUUGUCCAAGAAGCUUGGGCGGGCUCCCGAGGACAUAGUGAAGUUGGACGCGAACGAAAACCCCUACGGCCCUCCCCCGCGGGUCCUCGAGGCGCUGGGGAGCAUGCCUUUCCCGAUGAUCUACCCGGACCCCGAGUGCCGGUUCCUGCGCGCGAAACUUGCGGAGCGCGAGGGCAUCCCCAUAGAGAACAUCAUGGUUGGAUGCGGCGCCGACGAGCUCAUCGACCUGCUCAUGCGCUGCUGCCUCUCUCCAGGGGACAAGAUCGUCGACUCGCCACCAACGUUCACCAUGUACGCGUUUGAUGCCGACGUCAACGACGCCCAAGUGAUCUCCGUGCCGCGGUUGGACGGCUUCAGAAUCAACGUCGAUGAGAUUGUGCGGGUCGUGAACGAGGAGAACCCGAAGGUCGUGUUUCUCACGUCUCCGAACAACCCCGACGGCAGCCUGGUGUCCGAGGAAGACCUGCUGCGCAUCCUGGCCCUGGACGUCUUGGUGGUGCUUGACGAGGCGUACAUCGAGUUUGCUGGCGAGGAGUCGAGGAUGCCGUGGGUGCUCAAGUACGACAACCUGGUCGUGCUGCGGACGUUCUCGAAGAGUGCCGCCCUUGCCGGCCUUCGGGUCGGGUACGGCGCCGUCCCUGUGGCCCUGGCGGAGUACUUCUGGCGAGCACGGCAGCCGUACAACGUUUCCGUGGCCGCGGAGACAGCAGCGCUGGCCGCCCUGGAGGACCCCGGCUACCUGGACAAGGUGCGCGACCUCCUGAUCCAGGAGAGGGACAAGAUGAUGCAGCAGCUCGAGGAGGUGCCGUUCCUGGAGCCGUACCCGUCGAACGCAAACUUCAUCCUGUGCAAGGUCGUCGGGACCAUGGCGGCGAAGGAGGUCAAGGACAGGCUGGCCAUGGAGCACGGCGUGAUGGUGCGCCACUACCAGAAGAAGCUGCUGGACGGGUACAUUCGCAUCUCUGUAGGGACCCCUGCGCAGACGCAGCGGCUGAUGCAGGCCCUGCGCGAGCUGUGA